AUGACUAUUAUCCCAGGACUCAUGCUGAACGAAUCUGGUUUCAUAGAAAAGGUUAUUCACUCCGAUUCGAUGACACCCACCUCGUUCACGCCAAAGUCGCCAAAGAUCGAGUGGGACGAUGCCGGUUCCGAUGUGACGAUGACUUUGAAUACAGACGCUGCCACGCGCUCUGCAGUCUUCUCAACACGUGCUUCUCGACCCCGAAUUUCCAAUAAUAGGACUCGUCCUUAUCAGGAUAACUCUCGUACAAGUUCCCAUCGCAGAACUGCACCGCCUUGUCGCUACUUUCAGGCCGGAAGAUGUAUCAAUGGUGAUACAUGUCGAUAUCAACAUGUUGUGAGAUCAGCUAGCCCAGAAUCAGAUUUGGACCGGCAGUUGUCAGCAUUUGUGAAAGGAGAAGACGCCUCAAGUCCAGAUACGACAGACAAUGACCUGCCUUCGCCAACUUUGCCUAAAUCGACCCCCAAAGUCAGCUAUAACCCGGAUGACUUUCCCGAUGAGGAGGAACUUUAUGAGGUUGUGUCCCACCCUACCUCGACUAUCUCAGAAGUCCGGUUCAAUACGAGAUCCAACCCAGCAGAACUACGCACGUAUUUUGUCGCUCAGCGUCAACCGGUUAUGGAAUACGAGGGAAACAAUGUCGGGAUCCUGAGCGGUGGUGUGCUUCUUGGUAUCCCCAAUGGGUCCUGUCCUGCCACUUCGAAUCCCAAGACCAGAGCAUCUAUAGAGGACACGACAGAGUUUGAAAUGGUCAACAGUCCCUCGCCAUCCCCUGUUUCGAACGACAGUGACCACGAAUUAUGGAAGGGACCUGUAAGGUUUGAGGACUCCGCUAUGACCGAGGCGGAGAACUUGAUAUGGACAGAUGACGAGGCAGACGAGAUUUCCACAGAGGCUAUUGAUUCGGACUUCGGUGCCUAUAACUUUGCUUUGGCCUCAGAGCUCCCUUCACCACCACCUAUCAUUCGCCGAAUCAUCCGUCAAUUUGAUGGCCAUAACAGAAGGCAUUCGCUCUCAUGA